GGGUCGGAGGUGUGGCGGAAGUGGUUCGCGAAGGCUGAGGGAACUGGGAGGGGGCGGUUCCCGUUCGGGCGCCCGGCCGGAUGUCAGCCCCGUAGCCGAGCCGUGACAGGCGUGGCGGAGGGAGUCGAGCCGACUUCGCUUUCUCCUCAGGUUCUGCAGGGUGAGGCUGGGGCACAGACUGGCCAUGGACCCGCUCUCGGAGCUGCAGGAUGACCUGACACUAUCUGAUACCAGCGAGGCCCUGAACCAGCUCAAGCUAGCGUCCAUCAACGAGAAGAACUGGCCCUCGGACGAGCUGCCCGACUUCCCCAAGUCAGAUGACUCCAAAAGCAGCUCCCCAGAGCCCGUGACACACCUGAAGUGGGACGACCCCUACUACGACAUCGCCCGGCACCAGAUAGUGGAGGUGGCAGGGGACGACAAGUAUGGCCGGAAGAUCAUUGUGUUCAGUGCCUGCCGCAUGCCUCCAAGCCAUCAGCUGGAUCACAGCAAGCUUCUGGGGUACCUGAAGCACACCCUGGACCAGUACGUGGAGAGUGACUACACGCUGCUCUACCUGCACCACGGCCUCAGCAGCGACAACAAGCCAUCCCUCAGCUGGCUGCGCGACGCCUACCGCGAGUUCGACCGCAAGUACAAGAAGAAUAUCAAGGCGCUAUACAUCGUGCACCCCACCAUGUUCAUCAAGACUCUGCUCAUCCUCUUUAAGCCCAUCAUCAGCUUCAAGUUCGGGCAGAAGAUCUUCUACGUGAACUACCUGAGCGAGCUGAGCGAGCACGUGAAGCUGGAGCAGCUGGGGAUCCCCCGCCAAGUGCUCAAGUACGACGACUUUCUCAAAUCCACCCAGAAGAGCCCUGCCACGGCCCCCAAGCCCAUGCCGCCGCGGCCACCUCUGCCCAACCAGCAGUUUGGGGUUUCACUGCAGCACCUCCAGGAGAAGAACCCCGAGCAGGAGCCCAUCCCGCUGGUGCUCCGGGACACCGUGACUUACCUGCGGGCCCACGCUCUCAGCACGGAGGGCAUCUUCCGGAGGUCGGCCAACACCACGGUGGUACGGGAGGUGCAGCAGAAAUACAACAUGGGGCUGUCCGUGGACUUCGACCAGUACAACGAGCUACACCUCCCGGCCGUCAUCCUCAAGACCUUCCUGCGGGAGCUGCCUGAACCCCUGCUCACCUUUGACCUCUACCCCCACGUGGUGGGCUUCCUCAACAUCGACGAGAGCCAGCGCGUGGAAGUGACACAGCAGGCCCUGCGCUCGCUGCCUGCCGAGAACUACCAGGUGCUGCGCUUCCUGACCACCUUCCUGGUGGAGGUCUCUGCCCACUGUGAGCAGAACAAGAUGACCAACGCCAACUUGGCCGUGGUCUUCGGCCCCAACCUGCUAUGGGCCAAGGACGCGGCCAUCACCCUCAAGGCCAUCAAUCCCAUCAACACCUUCACCAAGUUCCUCCUGGACCACCAGGGGGAGCUGUUCCCCAGCACCGACUGCCAGGGGCUCUGAGCCCCACCCCAGCCUGUCCCAGAGAGCCCCACUUUGGACUCCGAGCUUCAGGGGGCCAUGAGGGCCCAGAGCUGGAAGCUGGGCACGUCAGCUGCGUUCCUCCUGCCCCGCUGUUGCCCACCUCAGUCCUGGAGGCCUCGCCGUGACCGCUGGGCCUUGUUCUUCGCCUUAUACUUCUCACUGCCUCCUUGGGUCCCCGACUCCUGCCAGGUUCUGCAGAGCCGGCUUGCCUGCCUGCCUCUCUGGGAGAAGGACCAGCCCCGGCCCCACCUCCCUGAUACCCCCCACCCCCACCCUCCCGCCUCUUGCCUGGGCACUGCCAGCUGGACUGGUCCUGCCCCUCCUGCUAUGUGAUGGAGGGCGAAGGUGGAGCUGGCUGGGCUGGGCUUCCCAUCUUUGGGGAUUUCCAGGAUUCAGGAGUGACAGGCUUCUCUGCAUCCACGUCCUGGGACGGCCUUCCCUCAUGGGACUGUCCUAGCCCUGGACUAUGCCCCUUGCCUUCAGGCUGCGCCCAGGGCUGGUUCUUCCAGGACUGGCAUCUUGGAUGGCUGGGUAGAGUCCCAGCAGCCCUUUGAAACACACCCCAGUCCUGCCCCCAAGAACUCCAUAGUGUCUGGUGGGGGCGGGGGCUUGUAACAAGCACUCUCCUAACCCCCAAGCCGGGCCCCCCCUUUCCUUAGCCUAGAAGCUCGCAGACAUGUCUACUGCAGGCUGGCAGGGCCAUGCCCUGGCUGGUGGUGACGCCUUCCUCAGGGGGUGCUGCUGGGUGGCAGUGCAGACUGCUCAGCAGAUGAGCCCCUUCCCCCUAGUACAGCCUCCACUGAUAGUUGACAACCUCCCCCCAUUUUAGCGUAUCUCUUAGAAUUGGUCCUUCCUGGUAAGUCCCGGAGACCCCUUUUCUGGGGCCUUAUGCCUUGGUAGUAAGGGAACGAUCUUGGCAGAGUUUCACUGGGUUUGUGUUGGUGGAGUGUAGGAUCGUCACUGAAAGUCCAGCCCCAUGAUGUGGGGGGGCUGGAGCCUACCCUCCCCAUGGUCCCCACGUCUGCCCGAGUGGCAGCUGUCUCCCUGAUCAGCGUGGCCCCAGCCACUGCCUCCUCUCCCUUUGUACGUCAGCCCGUGUACCGAGGGGCCAGGGGGCUAGACUUGGUCUUUCCCCGAGGGCCCCUCUUCAGCCCUGGGGUGGGCAGGCACUUGCCAUUGGUCUGUGUUGGCCGCCCCAUGGCCCGACUUCCCAGCACCAAUCAUGUAUUUCACCUUUGCACUUUUGUAUUUCAAUAAAAACACGGAAAACUGCC